UCAAAGUGCUAUACUAAACUCUAAUUCCUUAAUUACGUCUUCAGAUCCAAAAAAAUAACGAAAAUGGUCACCAAAACAAGAGCAGACGAGAGGGAUGGAAGUGGUGCCAAACUCAGUAUUCCCACCAUUGAUCUUCAUGGCAUUGAUACCGACUCAGUUUUACGAGCACAAGUCGUCGAGAAAAUUCGAUAUGCAUGCGAGAAGUGGGGUUUCUUUCAGGUUACAAAUGGAAUUCCCGUUGAUGUUUUGGACAGGAUGGUACAUGGAAUACGUGAGUUUCAUGAGAAGGAUAAUGAUGUUAAGAAAGAGUUGUGCUCAAUGGAUACUGGGAACCAGGAGCAGUACCUGUCCAGUAAUCGUUUCCACAAAUCCAAAAGAGGAAACUGGAGGGAUACGUUUGUGUGUUAUCGGUCGCUUAAUCCACCCAAACCCGAGGAAUUACCCCCAGUGUGCAGAGAAAUAGUGAUUGAGUACUCAAAACAAGUGAAGGAUUUGGGAAUUACGUUGUUUGAGUUGCUGUCUGAGGCUCUUCGGAUGAAUCCCAACAAACUUAAACACAUGGAUUGCGCUGAGGAGUUUUCUAUUUAUGGUCACUACUACCCACCAUGCCCUAAACAAGAAUUGACUAUAGGCACCGAUCAACACACCGAUGGCAGUUUAAUCACCAUACUUUUACAAGACCAAGUGGGUGGCCUCCAAGUUUUGUAUGAGAAUCGAUGGGUUAAUGUUCCUCCCAUGCAAGGAGCUCUUGUUAUCAAUGUAGGAGACCUUCUGCAGCUCGUGACAAAUGACAAGUUUAUCAGUGUUAAUCACAGAGUUAUAGCGCAGAGUGUAGGCCCAAGAGUUUCUGUGGCAAGCUUUUUCAUGCCAGAUGCUCGGCCAGGAAAUUCAAAUGUCUAUGGACCAAUCAAGGAGUUGUUAUCAGAAGAAAAUCCCCAGAUAUACCGAGAAGCUAAUAUUGAAGAUUAUCUUAAACACUACCUCUCGGAAAAGGUUAAAGGAAACUCCGCAUUAUCACAGUUCAAACUGUGAAGGGUAUUCAGUUGUUUUGUUACUCCCUCGUCGUCGUGGUUGGUGGCGGCGGAUCUCAUUGGCCCCACGCUGAACCUCUGGUCUUUGGGCUAGGGUUUUCAUUUCCUUUAGCUCGUCUUUUUCUUUGUUAGGUUCAUUUGUCUGAACUUCUCAUUUGUGUUUUAGUGUCGUCACUUGUAUGGUGAUAAAUCUGUGUGCUGUCCUCUCUGCGUUCUGUAGCACCUGGUCGUGGUGUCAAAAUAACGUGUGCUAAAAAAAUAAAAUUUGUAAAGUCGUUGUCAGAAUUCAUGAAGUUGCUGAUUAAUAAGCUUUGGUCGUUAUAUCUA